AUGAAGAAGCCUUUGCUCUGGACGGUUCCGUUGCUGCUGCUGCUAAUUGCGAGUGGAAUUCGGUGCAGCUGCGAAGAUGAUUAUCGACGAGAGCUGGUGCAGAUUGCGGACGCUCUGAAGAAGCUUUCAGAAUCGAAAACUGUAACCGUAGACGAUAUAGAUUGUAAGGAAAGUGUGAACAGAUCGGAUGUAAUUUGCAAGGAGAUCGAUGGUUUCCGUUGGAUCGUGGUGCAGAUGAGAACAGAUUCGCGGCAAAACUUCAAUCGAAGUUGGGAAGAGUAUCGCAAAGGAUUCGGAGACGAGCGCAACUAUUGGAUUGGCAAUGAACUUUUGCAUGAUCUGACAAAGAACGAAAGCAACAACAGCAACAACUCGGUGCUGAGAGUGGAACUGGAGGAUUGGCGAGGUAACAAGGCGUGGGCCGAAUACGCUGAUUUCUCCGUCGACUCAGAGCCGAACAAAUACAGACUGAACGUUGGAAAGUUUCGGGGAAACGCGAGCGACGGCCUCUCCAGCCACAACGGCUCCCUCUUCAGCACGUACGACGUUAAGAACGACGAAGCUCCGGAAUGUUGUCCGUGCGCCUCGGCGUACGGAGGAGGCUGGUGGUUCAACAGCUGCUUCGAGGCUAAUCUGAACGGGAUGUACCGCGACGUUUCGGAGGACGCCGGCUACUACGGAGGCAUCAUCUGGGAACCGUGGUUAGGCAACUACUCGCUGAAGAGGAGCGAGAUGAUGGUGCGAAGGUUGCCUUACCGAAGGGGCACAGACGUUCCAGAGGACCCCUAAUCAUAUCACACAUCAAUGCCAAAUAAAAUAAAAGAAAUUAAAUAAAACCAACGGUAUACAAUAAAAUAGAACGUUUCUCUUGC